CGGUUCUGCUUGUUGUGAUUUUGCAUUUUUCUGGACAGAUUCGUGUCACUGCCGGUCAAGACACCAAUGUCAGAUACAUUUUAUAUGAUGUCAAUCCCGGAGAGGGUUUCAAUUUGAGGCGAGACGUGUUCAUGCGAGUCGCCGUCUUUGUCAAGAAGUUAAACCAAGCAAAACGUGGCAAAUUUGUUUUGGUUCUACCUCCCUGGGGCCGAUUGUUUCAUUGGCAAACUCGGGAGCUGGGACGUCAAGUCAAGAUUCCUUGGAAGUCUUUCUUUGAUGUGAACAGCAUCCGUCGAUAUGUUCCUGCUAUUGAGCUCGAAGAGUUUUUGGAACGCGAAGGUCCCAUUAUUGAUACAGUGCUCUACCUUCAAUCUUAUAAGGAAGGCUGGGAAGGGAACUUUGAGUACAAGCACGACUUUCGAGAAUGCUUGUCUGAGAAUCAUCCUUACGUAAAAGAGGAAGAGUUUUUCAGCGGAUGGUUCUGGGAUUACGAGGAGAUUAAAGCCAGAAAUUUUCAAUGCCUAUCCGUUCAAGGGCCCACGUCGGUGAUCAAAGAUCUGAUAUUAAACGAUAUGGGCGGUCAAAGAGCCAUCAUGUUGGAUCGAGCCGAGAAUCUGUUGCAUGACUACUUUGGUGAUGCCGAAUAUUGGAUGGCAAGGCGAUCCAUGAGGUUUGCAGACGAUUUAGUCCAAGUGGCGGAUGAAUUUCGAGAGAAAUUUCUGAGCUCUAACAACGCCAUAGAUAACACUGUUAUUUCGAAAAAAUGGGAAGAUCAUGAAGCAAUCAGAGAACCAAGGGGAGGGAACUACUUGUGCGUUCAUCUAAGGAGAAAUGAUUACGUGUACUCUCGCAAGAAACAAAUCCCUUCUUUGACGGGUGCCGCAGAGCAAGUCCGAAACAAGCUCGUGGAUAAAGGACUAACCCGUGUCUUUGUUUCCACUGACGCAAGCGUGGAGGAAUUCAACGAGUUUAAAGUGGCUUUAGACGAUUCAUUUGAAGUUCUCAAGUACACUCCUGAUCAUGAGACUUUGCUCAGGGUCAAAGAUGGAGGCGUAGCUAUCAUUGAUCAGCUCAUCUGUUCGCGAGCCAGGACGUUCUUGGGCACACCUGAAUCCACGUUUACGUUCAGAAUUCAAGAAGAGCGGGAAAUAUUGGGUUUCCCGCUAGAGGAGAACUUCAACAUGCUCUGCCCUGAUGACAAGCCCCAUUGUGAAAAGGCCUCUCAAUGGAAGAUCGUGUACCCGCCCAAAAAACCGCGGGCGUCCUUUGAAGAUACAAAACCGACUCCUGAGCAUCUCGAGUUGUGAAACUUGCCAAGCUAGCCAUAUCAUGCCUUAUACAUACACUAAGGGUUCAAUAAAUCGAAUUACUCACUGAACUUGAA